AUACAUUCCUCAUCGGUGACAGCUGCUGCCGAUAUCUUUACCGGCUUGCAUUUUGCAUCUAAAUCUUGGUUUUCCCGCGCACACAAUUAAAGUUUCCCAGGUAAAAAGGACUAGCGAAACAGAAUAACAAUAGGCGCAGGCAAGCAACAAAGGAUUCUUGGGAAAUUCUCAAAAAUUCCGGCUAUUCGGUGAAGACGAACAAAUUCCCGAACAUUGACACACAGAACACCGAAAUAAACGCACGUUGCUAGCUUGCCAAUUUUUGCGGCCACGAAAAUAAUUGCAGAAAGAGAGAUUCCCCCCACAGAGAGAAAAGAUAAAACAAAAGCGAACACACAGACGCACAUAGUAAAGCAACGAAGAAUUAGCAAAGCACAGAGAAAUUAGCAAAAUAUUCAAUAGUUAAUAAAAAAAAUUUAUUUUCUGUGUUAAUUUUAACUAUCAACAUUUUUGAAAAUGCCACGCGUUGCUGUUAGAAGGAAGGCUGAUGCUGAAGCCGAGACGGAGACCACAAAUGUUGAUAACAAUAACAAGGGCGAGACCUCCGAUACCGUUGGCCCCAAAGGUAAGAGGUCACGUAUGAAUUUCAUAUUGCCCCUGCCCGAGAGACCACGUGUUGUGGGCCGCGCUCUAGUAUGUGGCCAAGGUGAUAUGGGCCAGCUUGGCUUGGGGGAUGAUGAGUCCAAAUUUGAACGCAAACGACCGGCGCUAAUUGAAAAAGUGGCCAAUGUUGUCGAUGUCAAGGCAGGCGGUAUGCAUAAUUUGGUGCUCACACAUGAUGGACGCGUUUUUUCGUUUGGCUGCAAUGACGAAGGUGCCCUCGGCCGCGAUAGCAGUGAAGAGGGUUCCGAAUUCGAACCCAGCUUGGUUAAAUUGCCAGGCAAAGUGUUGAAAAUCACAGCGGGUGAUUCGCAUUCGGCUUGUUUGUUAGAAGAUGGGCGUGUUUUUGCCUGGGGCUCCUUUAGAGAUUCUCAUGGCAAUAUGGGCUUAACCUUGGAGGGCAACAAGAGGACACCAAUAAAUGUCCUGCCAGAUUUGACAUGUUGUGACAUUGCUUCCGGGGCCGAUCACUUGGCCAUACUUACCUGCCAGGGUAAAGUCUAUACAGUUGGCUGUGCGGAACAAGGUCAGUUGGGACGUGUGUCACUGCGAUCGGCCUCAGGCGAAGGUCGUAGAGGAAAAACAGAACUUUUGAAACCUGGCCUAGUUAUAACGAAGAAUAAGAACAAACCAAUUGAAGCCAUAUGGGCCACAAACUAUUGCACCUUCUUGCGAGAACAUCAAUCUGGUAUUAUAUGGGCCUUUGGCUUGAACAAUUACUGCCAGCUACUGGCGAAUGCAAAGGACUUGCCCACCAUUAUCAAUCCCAUUAACACGAAAAUUGAAAAUGUCAAACAAAUCGCUGGAGGCCAACAUCAUACACUUAUACUGAAGGAAGAUGGCUCAGUGCUUGUAAUUGGUCGCAAAGACUACGGCCGUUUGGGACUGGGAACAGUAGCUGAUGAUGUGACCCAAUUGAAACCGAUAACUGCUCUCAAAGGCAAGAAAGUUGUCAGUGUGUCAUGUGGGGAAGCCCAAUCGUUUGCCUUGACCGAUGAUGGCAAACUAUAUUCAUGGGGCAUGGGCUCCAAUCACCAGUUGGGCACUGGCUCAGAAGACGAUGUACUAGAACCCGCGUUGAUUGUCAGCAAGCAGACGGAAGGCAAGCGCAUAAUAAGGGCUUCGAGUGGCGGACAACAUAGCAUAUUUUUGGUAGAAGAUGAAAACCAGCCUGCCUCUGAGGUUAGUGUUAAAGAGAAGUCUACGGCUAAGAAAGCCACAACCACCGCGUCCAAGACCAAGGGUGCUGACAAAGCUGGCCAAGCUAAGAAGGAUGACCCGGAGACGGAAGCACCCAAAAUAAAUGGCGAUAUAUCUAAAGCAGAAGAUGCCACCACGACACAGUCAAAUGGCUCAGAAGAGACAAAAACAGAUGAGGCCGAAACGGCUAGCGCACCACCGCCAGCCAAGAAGGGACGCAAGAAGAAAUAAGCUGUAUUUAUGUUAGCUUGUAACAAACUAUUGUAGCUUCUUAUAUGUAUUCAUAUACCUAUUCUGACUUAUUACAAUUUUCUGUUAGCUCAUGAUAACUAUUUCCCCUUGCAUGCAAACAAACCGCAAUCCCUAUCCCCCCCCAUCUGGGCAAUUUUGUUUUCCUUAAACAAUUAUAUUUUUUCUUUAGUUAAAAAAUUUAAUAUUGUUUUUCGUUUUCUUACCUAGAUCUAUAAAAUUGCAUGAAUGCCUCACUCUAUUACGAUCCCAACACUGUAAUGCUUGUUUGACUUACAUACACAUUUUGUUUUUUCCGCCAGUUAUUUUGUUUUGUAUUUUUCUUAAUAGACUUUUAAGAUUUAACCACUGCUAGAGAAAACUCGCAAAAUUUUGUUUUUGGGGAAACCGACCUCCAGAUUUGUGACAGUAGCAGUGUAAAAUUUAAUAAAAAAAAAAAAAAACAAAAUGUAAUGCAUUUUCUAAACAUUAGCAUUAUUUGUUUUUCUGAAAAUCAAAUCUACCUCUUUUUUUCUUACCAUUUUUUAUAUAUACACCGUUAGUGUACUUUUGAUUUGAUGAAUAAAAGAGUUGAAAAUUUCUAA